GUCCAAUAGGCUGAAAUGGAGGCCCGCCUGUCAUCCAUUAUCCAUGGAACGGAAUGGAAUCGUCCAGGAAAGGAAAGGAGCAGAGUCCAGAGCGAGAGCGAGAUGGUGGUGGCGGCCGCACGCUGCGUCGCUGUAAAGCCCUUGCCCCUCGCCCUCGUCCACCACAGCCGCCCCGUUUCCUCCUCCGCGCUACUCCGCCUCCCCAGAACCGCCAGCGCCAGGUCGCCGCGCUCCGCCUCCUGCUCGACCUCCGCGCCGCCGCCGCCGCCGCCGCCGCCGCUCCCGUUCGUCGCCGUCGCAUCCAUGGACGCGCCGCCCCAGGGCUACCGGACCAACGUCGGCAUCUGCCUCGCCGACCCAUCCCUCACCAAGAUUUUCUCGGCUUCUAGGCUCGACAUUCCUAGCGCCUGGCAGAUGCCUCAGGGUGGUAUAGAUGCAGGGGAAGAACCAAGGGCGGCUGCCUUCAGGGAAUUGAGAGAAGAAACUGGUGUCACAUCCGCAGAGAUCGUGGCUGAGGCUCCUAACUGGUUAACAUAUGACUUCCCGCCGGAUGUGAGAGACAAGCUGAAUGCUAGGUGGGGAACCGAUUGGAAAGGCCAAGCUCAAAAAUGGUUUUUAUUUAGACUUACUGGAAAUGAUGAUGAGAUUAACCUUAAUGGUGAUGGGUCUGAGAAGCCAGAGUUUGGUGAAUGGACAUGGAUGACUCCCCAGGAAGUUAUUGAAAAGGCAGUUGAAUUUAAGAAACCUGUAUAUGAGGAAGCAUUGAAACAUUUUGCUCCCUACCUACAGUCAGAUCCAGCCGCUUCAUCAUAGAUUUGAUCAGUUUGCAUAUAUUUAUUUUUUAUUUGGAGCUACCCUGUUGUAUCUGAACCCCAAUAAUUUGACACGACGCAAUGAAGCCAUUGAGAUGGAGGUGUGCUACAAAUUGAUAGUGUAUGGCCUAUUUCAGUCAAUUAUUAUGCCAGCAUUGGAUCCUCAUCCUUUAUAGUCACGUAGUACAAUAAGUCGUGUAAACAGUGACUGUAAUUGCCACUACAGCUUCCCCGGCAUAAUUGCAUCGCAAUCUAGUUUCUGCCAAUUUGGAACA